AGUUGUUAUAAGAGGGCCUUGAGGAGGAAUUAUGGGCUGUUGUCUGUCACUUUGGAGUAACAUGGAGACAUCAGUAGACAGAGGAGAGGGCCACGUCAGCUCGUUCUGCCAGAGUAACCCACUUUAUGACAUGGACAUGAAACUGAGCAGGACUGACCUGUACACCUUCCAGAGCAGUGAUCUAAAACCAGCCAAGGCCAGAGGAGCAGAACGAUGUCUAAAUGUUAUUGUCGUUUACCUCAUCCUUCUGACUGCACUGAAUGCUUUCCUCCUUUACAAAGUGUUUUCAAUGGAGUCUAGUAGUCUCUCCUCCUCUGGCUCCAGAACAGUGAAGCUGACUGACAAUCACAUCCCCCUGGAGGAGGACCUCCGUACCCUUGCCAGAAACACCAGCUUGGAGACCAUCUCUCUCAGAGGAUACCUGGGGAAGUUAAAGACCCAGGUCUCCAGCCUCUGUGGGGAGGAUGGCCAGCUGGGCCAGCUGAGAACAAACCUGGGAGCGGUCAAUGCCAGCACCACUCUCCUUCAGGACUCCGUGAAAGCAUUCAGAUUACUCAAAGCUUCACCAGGCCCACAGGGACCUACUGGUCCACCUGGUGCGAGGGGGUUACCUGGUGUGAGGGUGGACAAGGGAGACAGGGGUCAGACAGGACAAAAAGGAGACCCUGGAGUUGAUGGCCAGACUGGAGCCAAGGGAGAAGCAGGGGAACCAGGACCCGAAGGUGAAGAUGGUACCACUGGACAACAAGGACCAGCUGGAACACCAGGCGGUGCAGCUACUAACUGUUCAGGAGCCCCUGGGCUGCCAGGACCACAGGGACCAAAGGGGGAUAUGGGACACAUUGGUUUACCAGGGAUACCAGGCCAAAUUGGGAUCAAAGGGCACACUGGAGCCCAGGGCCGUGAUGGAGUACAGGGGGCCCCUGAUUUGAAGGGUGACAGAGGGCCGACAGGACUACCUGGACCCAUAGGACCUGAAGGUCCAAGAGGACUUGCUGGUGUUAAUGGAACAAGAGGACUUGUUGGAUUUCCAGGGUUGCCGGGAAUUCCCGGACCGCUAGGUCCACGCGGAGAGAAGGGUGAAAGAGCAGCUGGAUCAGUGACAGCAAAUGUGCGUAUUGCUGGCGGGGGGACUCGUGGGAGAGUGGAGGUGAUGUGGACGGGGCAGUGGGGUACGGUGUGUGAUGACGGCUUUGACACUCUGGACGGGACAGUGAUCUGCAAGAUGCUGGGGUACCAACGAGCCUCCACAGUCUUCACAGCCAGCCAUGGAAUCGGUAGGAUCUGGUUGGAUGACCUGCGAUGCACAGGCAGAGAGGCCAGUGUGUUUUAUUGCCUUCACAAUGGUAUGGGCAUCAGCAACUGUCAACACAACGAGGAUGCUGGGGUGCAGUGUGUGUGAAUGUGUCCUGGAUCCAGAGUAGGAGAGGUGCACAGCAAGAGAGAGACGUACACACAUACACACACACACACGCGCACACACACACACACACACACACACACACACACACACACACACACACACACACACACACACACACACACACACACACACACACACACACACACACACACACACACACACACACACACACACACUAAAGUAUGUCCACACAUACAUUAGCAUGUUACAGAUGGUAAUUCAUGUUCUUUUUUAAACAACAUUAGUAAGUCAUUGUUGAUAUAAACUUGGCAUUUACCUAACGUGUAGCUAACUUAGGCCUACCCAUUGUCUCACGUCAGAUGGUGUCACUCCUACGUGACGCUUGUCCUUCAAACUAUCAGUCUUGUAGGACGUGGAACUCAUCUCUAAAAAUCUAGAUUUUGCUCAUCUGCCGAACACUAGUUCCUAACUCUAUGACAUAUCUAUGAGGCACUGACUACUACCAUCCUUGAUCAGCUGAGCAAACUUGCCCAAGCUAGGAGUCUAGUGAUAACUUGUUUGAAUGGCCAUUACUGUAGCUAUUUUGCCAAUCUUGUUGAUGAAUAACCAAAGUUAUGGGACUGUUCUAAGAAAUCAGCAUGUAUCUGACUCUGACAGCUGGCACUGUGCCUCACUACUUUGUAACAUUUGGCCAAUACAGUAACAUCGCAGCUAGCCUAAAGCAGUCAAGCUGUGCUGCAAAACUCACUAAUCACGGCAAAACAGAAACUGCCUUAUCAUGAAAACGUGUGCUAUUAGCUAGAAUAUCACUACACUAGCUAGCUAGAGGGAGUAUUCAGCAUUGAGUGUGUGAACUGUCAUUGUUAGCAUCCCUUGCUUUGAGACUGGUUCAGUCAGCAAGCAGACACUAGCUAGCUAGCUAGCUAAUUUUCGUGCACAUUUAGAUUUUCAGGAACUCUUAUUCUACACCCACAAAACACCUUAGCUAAAUGUAGAAUUAGGGUAUUGAAGAAUUUGUGAUUAAAUAAAUGUCAAUAUUAGCUACAGGUUUAUAGUUUUAAGAUUAACUCUGACUCUUAUGAGGAUUCAAGGGGGUUCAGUGGAUGAUGUCACCUUGAUAACAUUUUCGAAUAUUAGGACAGCAUAUUGUAGUCAAACUUCUUUUUAGCUUUCGCAUGAGUGUUUUCGAGUUAUCAGAGAGAUGAGUGCAGACGGCCUUCGCACUGAUGUGAGACAAUGAGGCCUACCUGUAAUAAAGUACCCUGGAGGAAGGUUUAUACAGAAUAAAUUGUAUUUUCUGAAUUGCACUUUGUAAACAACCAGUUUAAUUAAUCAGUUUGAAAUAAAACACUGAAGAAUCUGACAA